CGCAGCGCGGCGCUGCCAUGUUGUGGUUUUAUCUUCGGGACUGAGUUUCCAGCAGCUGUAGCUGUUUGCGGACACAGCGGUCUGUUUGUGUGAGAGUAACUCUGCUUUCUGACAUUAUCUGGAAUACAACUGAGCUUCAAGUCACUGCAAAAGUUACCGCACAACGAGAGCUGCUGUCGGGUGAGGAGAAGAUGGUGGACCGGCUUGCUAACAGCGAGGCCAACUCCAAGCGGAUCGCAAUGGUGGAGAGCUGCUUUGGAGCUGCUGGCCAGCCACUAGCUAUCCCGGGCCGUGUGCUGAUUGGAGAGGGUGUCCUCACUAAACUCUGCCGCAAGAAGCCCAAAGCGCGGCAGUUUUUCCUCUUCAAUGACAUCCUGGUCUACGGUAAUAUUGUCAUCCAGAAGAAGAAGUACAACAAGCAACACAUCAUCCCCCUGGAGAGCGUCACCAUUGAUACAGUGCCUGAUGAGGGCGACCUGCGCAACGGCUGGCUCAUCAAGACGCCCACCAAGUCGUUUGCCGUUUAUGCUGCUACCGCCACAGAAAAGUCAGAGUGGAUGAACCACAUCGGGAAGUGUGUUGGAGAUUUGCUGCAGAAGAGCGGCAAGUCCCCGACGGGCGAGCACGCUGCUGUGUGGGUGCCUGACUCUGAGGCGUCCGUGUGCAUGCGCUGCCAGAAGGUGAAGUUCACACCGGUCAGCCGCCGCCAUCACUGUAGGAAGUGCGGCUACGUGGUUUGUGGGCCGUGCUCGGAAAAGAAGUACCUCCUGCCCAGCCAGUCAUCCAAGCCCGUCCGUGUCUGCGAGUACUGCUACAUGCAGCUGACGUCAGGAAGCCUUGCGCCGCGCUCAGACUCCAUCAGCCGGCCAGGGUCCAAGUUCACCAGCCACAACCUGUCGGACGAUGAGGACGAAGAUGACAGCAGUGACUGAGACCUAACCGAUCCUGACCCGAUCCAUCUCUGCGUUCAGGAGAAAAUACUUUCCUGUAUUAUUACUGAACUAUUUUCUCCUUUUCUUCCCUGAUUGAACCAUAAUUCAUUAUGAGAAAAAUUCCACCUCUGAGGAUGAAUUCAUUGGCUUGCUGUGGAAUUCAAGUCUUUUUAUGAACCUGAAUGUUUAUUUUUCUUUCCACUAAUUCCAGCAGGGAUUAAUUACUUUCCUGAACACAAUGAUUAUUAGUCAAAUGUGGAAUUAACUGGGUGACCGGCAGAACUCUGGAAUUACAUCUGACGGUUCGUCUUAGCCUCUCUUCUCGGUCCGCCCUUUUCUCACGCCUCUUAAUUAGGCUCCACUUAGUCACUACAGAAAACAAAGGUGCUAAUGAGGCUUUCUCUCUACGCUGCCCUCUUAAGUUAAUCACUCCUUAAUGUGUUCUCUCUCUUUUUUUUCUGUCCAUGAACUAAAAGAAGGUGAUUGUUUAUAAUGUCUGCAGGGAAACAAAAAUGUCGGAGCUAUCUUGUUUGUUCUUAUAUAACACCAAACGGGACUCAGUAACAGAUUCAGGCAUUUUUUCUGCCCUAUUUUUGUAAAAUUUCUCAGUAUAAUUUGUUUUUUAUUAAUAACAUUGUAGAUAUUAUGCUAAAAUCCCAGAUUUUGUAGCUUGCCUAAUAUAGAUGCUUCUGACAAAUCAACCUAAGAGUGUUUGUGUUCUCAGUCGCUAUCUGGAAAACUAACUCAACCGUCUGCCUUUAGAGUCACGUAGUGCCGUUUAGAAGACUGAUCUCGGUCUUCAGAAAGGAAGAGAUUAUUACUAAAUUAAACCAGGCUGUAAAACAACCAAAAAAAAACAGGAACUUUGUGAUAGGUCGACUCUUAAACACAUUACCCUGGAUGUGUGGCUUUGUGUCAGCAGCAAGUAGAAGAGCAGGAUGAUUAUCAACCAGCUGACGUAAAGGAAAGGUGAAGCUUGGUCUUUGAAAUGCUUGAAAGAUGCUUUAAGAUUUUACUGCUAAUUUUGAGAAUCUGUGAAGAUUUGUUUCAGUAUUGUGCUUAAAGUUUCCACUAUGUUUUCCACUUUACAACAUGAAUAGAAGGGAGUUUAAUUCACAGGAGAGCUGAUGCAAAGAGGCAAUUUGAACAUCUUAUUUCACAUCAAGCAGUUAAGGUGAAUUUUAAUUCAGCUUUAGAGGAAAAGAAAUACAAAAAUGGCUUACAACUAUCACUAUGAGAAAUAUCCUUCAACUAGUAUCUUUCACUCCAGUGUUGUUUAGAAGGUCUUAAGUUUACCCCUAAAAAUAAAUGAGGUAGCAAAGCAUUAAAAGAAUAAAUAAAAUAAAAAAAAUCUGCAUCAUUCGAACGUGAUACUGCUCCCUUUCCAUGCUCGUUUGAGCACAUCUCCAGUGUUGCUAAUUGCCGCAUUUCUGUUGCAAACAAGCUUCUGCAUUACACCCACCUGCAGAUUCCUGGAACCUGGAUUUAGUAUCGCCUCAUGGGUGGAGUACUCUGAAAACAGAAGGGGGGCUGGUAACAGGUACAAGUUGAAUCGUAAGGACAUUGUCCAAGUAGAGAAUGUGGAAGAGAGACAAAGAUUAAGCUUUUUAUCAGUUUAUUUUCUCAUUGGUGUUAAAGAUAGCUAAAAACAUGAGAUAAAUCUGAUGUAGUGCUGCACAGAGACCAGAGAGAUGUUUGUUUCGUUUAACCUGUGAAUGAAUGGAAUGAAAUGCAAUAACCUCGAGGUGCUGCACAUAUGUCAGCACAUGUUCAGCGACAGAAGCAGUUUUUCUGGAAUGAAAGCCAGGAAGUCAGUAUGUCUUCUUCCUCCAGUAAAUCCCUCCCUCUGCUGCUCUGAGGUCAGAUGGCUGCUCUGAGUCAUAAAACAAACGCACCUCCCAUGAACUCUGCUCCUCAGCAAGUUGACAUUACCGUCCUUCCUUCCUUUCUUUUGCAACGCCAGAACUUUCCUGUGACUGAAAAGCACAGCCUGAUCACAUGACACCGUGUGUGACACAAGUCAUGUGACCGAACCAAGAACUGAAAAAGGCCGCUGAGGGGAAUUGGGACAAACUACCUGCAGCAGCCUGCAGAGAAUUCAGGUUCAGUAACUCCCAGAUGUUCACAUCCUCAGUUUCGGCCAGAGCUUCCGUUUCCUGAGCGCCCUCUGGUUUCGUUCUUUUACACAGAAAUAAGAAAAAAAAAAUGCAUAGAUAGAUAAACUGAAAGUAAAAAAAUAACUUUAAGAAAGCUAGCACAAUAAAAUUUUAUUGCAAGUCAGAAGUUUUUAUUGCAAAGUUUUAGCUGGUUUUAACAAAAAGUUCAGUCCUUAGAUAAUCAGCUACAGUUUACUGUAAACAGCAUCAUGGAGUAUUGUUGUUCUGUUAUCCUUAUUUGCUUUGUUUUGUCAUAACGCUGGCAUUAAGCAGUGCUUUGAAUUGCAACUCAAAGCAACACAACAGGUGGAAGAAAGGGAUUUUUUCAGAGUUUAUGUUAAUAUUGCUACAAUAAAAACAACUUCUGUGAUUAGAGUAUUGAACAUAUUGAUGAUCACUAACUAGCUCUCCUUUAUACUCGCUGUGGCUGAGGUGCUGACAGAGAAGGCGACUUAAAUGUCAAACCUAGAAGCACAUAGUCGGGCCUCAGGUUUACUGUCGAUUGCACUUAAAGUCGGCACAUGGACUCUGAUCCUGGUUGUUACCACAUACUGUCAGAUCCACGGUCGCUCUGGAUGGUUUAUGUUGAGUCUUUGUGUUUUAAUCCUGAUUAUUUUUGUAGAUUUGUACAGAUUUGUUUUCAGUUAUGUUUUGGUUGUACGGCUCUGAUCAGUUCAUGAAAUGACGCUGUCUCGGGUUCCUGUUCGUACCUCUUUAUUUUAUUAUUUUUUUCUUCUUCUUCGUGUGUUACAUCUCAGCAAGAUCUGCAGCUUUUUUUUUUUUUUUUUUAACGCAAACACAAUCCCGACUACAAAACAAAGUGUCUUUAUAUACUGGUCAGUACAUCUCUCAGCCAGUCACAUCUGCAGUCUCAGACAGGUCAGAGGUCAGCAGCUGGCCGAGGGUUUGAUGCCCGAUCAAACACCUCUAGACGUUUGAGUUUGUGUUUUUUUUUUAUGGGCACUUUUGUUACUUGGCCACCGUCUUUCUACAGUAAACUGAUGUAUCGAGCAUUAGUCUUGACUUCAAGCAGGACGGAGCUUUAGAAAAACACACUUGGCUGCUGAAAUAAUUACAUCCAAAGUCCAAAUAGAGUCAAAAAAGGCCAAUAUGUUUGUUGAGAAAUAAAUUGUGCCUCAAUAGAUACAGAUACACAUAAAUGAAUUUGGCAGUCAACUCAGAAAUGCUUUUAAAAGAAGCUCACAAGCUGGAGAGGAUUUUAUGUCCUGCCAUAUGCACCAUAGUGCACAGAAAUGAACUAUGAAAUGACCCAGUUAAUUAAGUGCAAAAAAAAAAAAAUUUAAAUGUCCUGCUAAGGAACUCUGAUGCAUUCUGAAAUCCAGCAGAUCUUCUAAAUGUUGGUUGGUGUUUAUUCUUCCUCUGAAAAACGCUGUUCAGUGUACACAAUGUGAGCAACAUGGCUAACCACGACCCUGCGCUGGCUGACUGUUUAUUAAAGGCGUUUGAUUUAAUCUGAUUCUUUUUAUUUUGAACUAAAAUGUUUUGAUUACAAAAACUAACACAUGAACAAAUCAUAUAUGUAAAUACUUUAAUUUUUCAUAUUAUUUGAAUGGUUCAUUUUAACAAGUGCAGCGAACAUCACAAUAAAUAGAAUGAAAUCUCUUUGAGUCAAACUCCAUGUAAUGUUUUUCUCUCAUUAAACGGUUGAAUCCAUUCUGUUCGUCUGAUCCCUCCGUUUCUACAACCAGGAGAUCUUUGUCUGAUUAAUGUCCAAGGGCAUUGCCUGAGGCAUUGCUUGGUAUAUGUACAUGAACUGGUGAAGCGAUGAAAAACCCACCUCCACGUUUUGCUCCGUUUUGUCCUGUAGACGUAAAUCUUAGUGUUAUACAUGCAGACUCCUGUUACAGCCCUUUUUUCACUAGUUGGAAAGAACGGCAGAGCCAAUCAGGAUCUUUAGAUUUUCUGUUUCAUGUUUAAAAUAUGUCAAAUUCACAAACUUUUUGUUGAGUUUUGAAUUAAUUUUCUUAACUUUCUUGUAAAAAUUCCUUAAUAUUAGAUGAUCACCUGUCCUCUAUAACUUCAUCGGUGUAGCACCAUAAACUUUGAUCACCAUGGUGACCCUUUUCAAUGCUACCCAACCAAAAACAGUCCUGCUUUAAAAAAAAAAAAAAAACCUAAUAAAGCAAAUCUAUCAGCACUUAUCAACCUGAUACCCUUUAAAUGUGUGAGUAGCAAACAGAAAAAUCCUGCGGUGUUUAAACACUGCGUAGCUCACGUUGCUCACAGUGUGAAUGCUCAUCAGGGUAAGUUUGGAUGUCUGAAGGUGAAUCAAAGAAGAGCUGCAGAUCCUGGAGAGGCAUCUUGCAACAGCUGAGAGAGAUGCUUGUGUUUGGUCUGCUUGCAGAAAACGCUGACCCAUGUGUCAUGGAUGUUAAAUGUUUUCUCUUUGUAGUAACAGUGGUUUGGCUUUUUUUUUUUUUUUUUUUUUUUUUUUUUUUUUUGCUUUUUCUGUUCAAAAUCUUUUCAAGUGUUUCUUCAAAGGGCUUCAACCAGAAUGUAACCAUGCAUAUCUUUAAUACAAAUGUUUGCAGAAAUCUUUAAGGGGUAUACAGUAUACUAUAUAUAAAGAAUGCAUUUCUGAA